AUGCACGAAUGUGAGAACUCGGACUUGCAGGACUUUCAGGGGGAGGCUUCUGAUACCGUAAGCCAAGACGAUGACGACGAGGUGGAGGAACUUCAAAACAGCCUCCGAGAGGUUGUCCAGGAUCAGUCGGUGAGGCCCCAGCUUCAGUGCCUGAUGGUGGACCCCUCCUUCUCCAUGGUCACGGUGCAGAGCGAGGACAGCGGUAUCGUUUGGGAGACGGCCUCCAGCCGAUGUUCCACUCCCUGGGCUUCUGAGACCAGCUCUGUCUCUGAGGCCUGCAGCAUGGAAGGAGCUGGAACUGCGGGGAAGAUCACCAUCGUCUUUGAUGAGGAGAAAGUCACGCGCAGGAGGACCAGGUCCGGCGGACGUUACAGCAGGCUGUCGGACAGGUUCAGCCGGCCUGGGAGUUCCAGGUCGGCUUCAGCUCUCGGCGUAGAAAGACCCGAGAUGGCUGAGGUGUCCCUGCCCAAUGUCAAACAGGAAACGGCGACGGCAGAAGCCGACUUGGAAGAAAUCAAAAACAAAGAUCAGCAGCUCUUCUCUUUAAUCUCAGAUGGAUUUGAGAUUCUCAAUAUCAGAGUCCCAUCUAAGCUUCCCACGGUGGAUGAAGAAGAGAGCACUGACCUGCAGGAUAACUUGUCCUAUCUCGCCCAGACGCCCAGAAUCAGGUCCCGGAAUCAGCACAGCCUCACUCCAGUGAGCCCGACAGUGGAGGUGGAGGCCAAGGACGGCACUGAGCCUCCAAAAGAAGACUUCUCUCAGUCAUGGGCAGACCGGGCUCACACGCCCACUCAGGCUGAAGACUACUUUGAGAAGUUUACCCUUGUGGACGUGGUGUCACCAGAAGAGCAAGCUACUAUUCCAAAACAGGAAGUCGAGCGUCCUGCUGUGAAGCCCCAGGAUGAACAUGUGAAGGAAGCCACCCCUGUGCACCCUGCAGUGUUAGAAGACUCCUUUGUUGUCGUAUCAGAAGGGGAUAUAGUUGAGGAGCAUCUGGACGAGGUCUUCUAUGGAGAUACAGCACCAGAUGAUGCCACCUCUCGAAGAGAAGAAGAAGACCUGGAGAUUGAGGCAAUGGUGAGAGCAAGAAGAGAAAGUCAGAGGUCAGCCAAGGAGAAUGGCGGAGUGCUGUUUGUCAGUGAGGAGACCACCCUCACACCUAUAUACAUCUCCUCUGGUCCCCCAAAAAUCAUUGAUCCCAUUCUGUUGGAGGAGCCCACGGCCAUGUCCUUCAUGUACACCGACCUGUAUGAGGACGCUCUGGGGGAGCGGAGGAAGAGCGACGAGGAGUUCUCAGAGGCCGAGAGUGUAGCGUCUGAAAGAACCUACAAGAGGCGUUUCUCUGACUCAGAAGAAGAUGACGGAUACCUGCAGAAGUUCACUUUGAAAGAUGAAACACCGACGACGGAGGUUCAAGGACCGUCUGUGGAGCGUAAGCGAGAAGACAGGAUGAUGUGGUCGCAGAGUGAUUUUGACAUGACAGGCUGCUUGAGAAGGGCAGUGGAGGAAGAAGAAGACACUAAGCCGAAGCCUGGUGGUGCUGAGAAGAACACAGAUUUGGAUGAAGUAUUAAAGCAGGAGAGUACUGACAUGCAGCUGCCCACUGGGCCUGGAAAAGCCAUCCAGGAGUCUGAUAUUACAGAGAGUGAGAAGUUAGACAUGGUAGUUGCCCAAGUCCCAACUGAGAGGGUGAAUAUGGCCGAGGUGACCACCACGAGUGAAGCUGUGGGGAGGGUAGAGGAGCACAUGAAAGAGGAGCGAGCUGAAACAGCUCCCCAGCAGAGUCUCUUAGAACUCAAGCAAGCAACUCCCUCACAUGACCUGACAGAUCUCACAGUGGAGACACUGGAAAGCUCUGAGAGUGUAAGUAAGUCAGAGAGCAGCGAGAAAAUCGUGUUGGAAGAGACACAAGUAAAAGAGGUGAAUAUAGAAGAAGACCUCGCUUUGAGCAGAGAAGAAGAAGCUCAAACAAGUCAGUCUCCAGAGCAGGAUCUGAGGAGCUCCACUGAGGUGCCUCCAGUUGAAGUUAUCACUGAUUCUGAACAGGACAUUCAGGCAGUCGUGACAGUGGAAGAGAAGGUCCAAACUGAGGUUCAAAUUGACCUUAAAGAGGCAGAGUUAGAGGGUAAGAGGUUUGAAGGCUCACGAGACGUCAAGGAAGAAGUGUUUAGUGCAGAACCUGAGCGGGAGUUGGGGGUUGAAGCACUGUCCUUGAGUAGAUCUGGUGGGGAGGAUGAGAUAAUGAAGCAGGAGGAGAUUGCUCAGGUGGCAGGUUCUUCUCAUCAAGAGCAGGAGAGCGACCACUUGCUUAUUUUCGUGCCCAAAGGAAAAACAGUAGAGAUGGAUGUCGACAUGGAGACGGGGCUGCAGACAGCAGAUGAAAGUUUUGAAGAUCUGUCACCGUCUGUUAAGACACCAAGCAGCCCAGAGGUGGUUGAGGAAACUCCAGAGAUGAUGGAAGCAGAAUUACAUAUUGAGAAGUUGGAGAGGGUUUCUCCAGCCGAGGAGGCCAAAGAGCAGAUAAUGGAUGCGGAUGAAGAAGCCUCUUCACCUCUGAGCGCACUGAGAAGUUUUGCUCUGCAAGAGGAUUUAUCCAUCUCGAUCAGUAAAGACGAGCAGACCACAGAGGAUGCGAGGAAGACCAGCAUCAUGGAAGCAUUGACUGAACAGCAGGAAAAGGAGGAGGCAGAAGUAGCAGUCGAGGAAUAUGAGAUGAUACCCACGGAUGCAGAGGUCAAGAGAGGCGAAGAGGAGUUUGUCCCUGGCUGGGACGCUAAAGAGCUGCAGAUGGAAGAUGAACAGGAUGCCUUGGAACUCCUGGAGGAAGAACCCAUCGAGGCAGGCUAUGACAUCAUAGAUGCCGAGGAAGAGCAUCAGGCCCGGCUGGCUGCGGAGCUGCAGGGGUUGGACUGGUUCUGCCUGACCUGUGAACAUCUGCUGUCUGAGGAAGAGCAGUCGGAGCACCGUGGACACAAGGUCACCACCGUGGACAAAGCCUUCGAGGAGCUCAAGGACAGACUGAGUGAGUGGAUCUCAGAGCUGCAGGGAAGGUCCGAGAACAUCGAGGACUUGGUGUCUGAGCUGGAACUGGCCUACAAUUCUGUGGAGGACCAGUUUGUGGAGAGCGAGAGUGCAAUGAAGGCUCAGAACGAGGAGAUGAUGGCGCUGGUGAUGGAGCAGUACAACGCCAUGUCUGUCAACACGGAGGAGGAAAAAAAGACCAAGCUGGAGCGGCUCUAUGACCAGAUCGUGUCCUUCCAGGAGAACAUAGACUCAGCUAGGUCCACCCUGGAGACGACAGCCAGAGAGGCGGAGACGGAGGCUCGGUCCCCUGAAGAGAUUCAUGAGCGCCUGCAGGCAGCUCUGGAGUCCACCAUGUCUGUGGAGCUGGGUCCCCGAGGGUUGCUGGUGUUUGAAGAUUACGCCAAAGGAAACUCAGGCAGCUCGCACCGCGCUCAGCGAGAGCGGAUCUCAGUGCCUCACAGCCCCGCCCUCCAGGCUCAGGAGCCCGGCUCUGCCACCAGCACCAACGUCACCGUUUACUGGAAGGUCAACCCCGAUGACAUCAUCGACUGCUUCCAAGUCUACUGCAUGGAGGAACCGCAAGGAGCGGUGUCUGAAGAGUACCGAGUGACAGUGAAGGAGAGUCAUUGUGUUCUGGAGGAGCUGGAGCCUGACAAGACUUACAAGGUUUGGGUGAUGGCUGUCAACUGCACCGGCUGCUCUCUGCCCAGCGAGCGGCUCCACUUCAGCACGGCCCCUUCGGUGCCGGUGAUCCAUUCGGAACGUUGCACCGUCAUGUGGGACGUGGCCAUGCUGAGGUGGAGCCCAGGGAAAGAGGCUCCAGGACUGAGUUACACCUUGGAGUACUGCCGUCAGUACGAGCUGGAGGGGGAGGGGCUCAGAUCCACAGCAGGCAUCAAAAGCUGCGAACACAGAGUGGUCCUGCAGCCCAACGAGAGCUACUUGUUCUACAUCAAAGCUGUGAACGAAGCAGGAGCCAGUGAGCAAAGCGAGGCUGCGCUCAUCUCAACCAAAGGAACCAGGUUCCAGCUCCUGAAGUCUUCAGCUCACCCGGCCCUGGAGCUGUCCUCGGACCAGACCACCCUCUGCUACACACAGGAGGCCCAUGAGCAGAGACCUCCCACAGACAAGCUGUGUCCGUCCAUCCUGGGCGAGCUCCUGCCAGCCAGCGGUCGCUGCUACUGGGAGACGGCGGUUGGUGGGUGUGCUGCGUACAGGCUGGGGGUGGCCUACCGCACUGCCCACAAGAACAGCUCCCUGGGGGAGAACAGCCUCUCCUGGUGCUUGCGGUGCACCCCGACUCCAUCUGGCUACAGGUUCCAGCUGCUCCACGUCGACGUCAGGUGCAGCGUGCAGGUGAUCGAAGCCCCUGAGCGGGUGGGAACUCUGCUGAACUACCAGAGUGGACGUCUAGCUUUCUACAACGCGACCAGCGGACAGCUGCUGGGCUCCUUCCAGCACAGCUUCACCAAGCUCUGCCAUCCUGCUUUUGCCCUGGAGAGUCCAGGAUGCCUGCAGGUCUGUAUGGUACCUGAGGUGCCGGAGUUCAUCGGAGACUCUUAG